AUGACCUUCUUGGUUGGGACUCCCCUUAACUGGGCCAUUACGGCUACAGCGGGCUCGGGCUUCCUUCUGUUCGGAUACGAUCAGGGGGUGAUGUCCGGGCUUCUGACCGGCCACGCUUUUACCCGCGUAUUCCCUGAGAUCGACACCACUAAGCACGGCUCUGGGAGUGCGUCCCUUCAGGGGACCGUGGUCGCGAUCUAUGAAAUCGGUUGCUUCUUUGGUGCUAUUAUUUGCAUGUUUCUUGGAGAAAGACUUGGCCGCCGAAAGUGUAUUGCGAUCGGGUCAAUCGUGCUCAGUAUCGGAGCGGCUCUCCAAGCCAGCGCGUACGGCAUCCCUCAAAUGAUAACUGGCCGGAUUAUCGCCGGCCUGGGAAACGGGAUGAACACGAGCACAAUUCCUGUUUGGCAUUCCGAGCUGAUGAAGGCCAGCAAUCGUGGCAAGGGGCUUUGCAUUGAGCUGGCCAUCAAUAUCUUCGGAGUCAUGCUUUCCUAUUGGGUAGACUACGCGAUGAGCUACGUCUCAAACGAUGCUCAGUUUCGUUUCCCGCUGGCUCUGCAAAUAUUGUUCGCCAUAAUCACUUUUGCCGGCAUCUGUGUAGUUCCAGAGUCACCGAGAUGGCUAAUUGCCCAUGACCGUCAUGAUGAAGCACGACAUGUCCUGUGGGCUGUUGAGAAAACUGCACGGACUCUUGAUAUCAACAAUCCGGUGCUGGCGAGCGAACUGGCGGAAAUUCAGCAGGCAAUCAAGGAAGAGCGCGAAGCUUCCUCCAGAGGAAGUUGGAGGAUGAUGCUAGAAAACGGAGAACAGAAAUUUCUUUACAGAACCUUUCUUGGGAUCGGUGGGCAAUUUAUGCAGCAAAUUUCUGGCAUCAACCUUAUCACCUAUUACGCACCGGUUAUCUUUGAGAAUUCGGUCGGGAUGUCUCAUAAUCUCUCCCUUCUCCUGGCGGGCUUCAAUGGUAUUGCCUACUUCCUUUCGUCCUUGGUCCCGAUUUGGAUCAUCGAUCGCCUGGGCCGCCGGAAACUUAUGCUCUUCGCCGCUACCGGGCAGUGUGCGUGUAUGGCUAUCCUUGCAGGCACCGUAUCUGAUGGCGGAAUGGCUGCGGGGAUCGUUGCCGUCGUAAUGCUCUUCCUCUUCAACUUCUUCUUCGCCGUCGGCCUGCUUGCAAUCCCCUGGCUCUUGCCUGCCGAGUACGCCCCUCUUGCCAUUCGCACACGCGCAGCCGCGCUCGCCACGGCGUCCAACUGGAUAUUCACCUUCCUUGUCGUGGAAAUCACACCAGUCAGCAUUAAAAGCAUUGGAUGGCGCACAUACAUCUAUUUCAGUGUCUUCAAUUUCUGCUUUAUUCCUCUGAUCUAUUUCUUUUACCCUGAAACACGAAAUCUCUCACUGGAGCACAUCGACCGGCUGUUUACAGGUGAAAAGAUUCUUCUUCACUUGCCUCAGAGCAUGCUGGCUGAUGCUGAGGAUGCUGUUGCGCCCGGCACAGACAACAGCCAAGGGAAGGACGUUGACUUACACGAGGUUGAGAAUGUCAAGCUGGGUUGA